AUGGACCAACCACAGCUGGUGGCGCCCAGCCACGGUCAAGUUGUAGACGAAGCCAAGACAGCUGCACCUUCACGGGAUGCAGCUGAUCUUGCCAAAAGUGCCGAGCGCGAAAAGUGGCGCGCUUCCUUGCGCGAGGCCAACCAGCAUGUGUGGCUCCAUGGUCCGCAUGGAUCUGGCGACAAUCUCGACGCAUCGCUCAAGCGCAACUCGGCCUUCAUUAAGCGGCUGAAGCAGACCAACUUGGCAGAUGCCAAAGAUGCGCUUGUCAAGGAAGUGCAACUACUGAGUCUGACCAAAUACUUGGACGAGCUUAUACCCAGCAUACCUGAGAUUUUAUGGAAGGCGACGACGCUCAAAGACAGAUAUGCAGUCAUUGAGAUUCUGUGUGCUUUGCAUGCCCGAUUUGGUGGCUCUGAGUUUACUGAGCCGCUGCUCAAGGUGAUGGAGCAGGAAAUCGUGCCGCCACCACCUAAAAGUCAGGAUGCCUCGAACGAGCAGGCGCAAAAAGAGGCUGCACUAGUCGCGCGGCAGCGAUCGUUGCUUCGUGGCGUCACUGAAAUGGUGCUCGUAGGCCUCGUUGGCCCCAUGACGCUAUCGGAAGGUGUGUGCGCUCCAGGUCUGAACUGGUUAUAUGAGCAGCUGCGUAAAAUGCUGUCCCAAGACCGCGAUCUUGUAUAUACGUCCGUGGCCCAGGCGAUAUUACGCUCUUAUGGCUCCCUGCUGCUUGUUCCUAUGGAGACGCACGAAGCCGGCCAGCCAGGUGUGCCGAUGGGCAAGCUGGCUGAGGACGCUGUGAUAUCCGAGGCUCAGAGCCUCAAGUUCCGCAAGCUCUUCGAGGCAUAUUAUGCGAUGUUGGCACGUCGUGCUCAGCGGGAACACGAACAACUUCAAGAGCAAGAGCAGCGCAAUAGCGAUGCCUAUAUCCGGUCAGGCGUGGUGUUUGAUGAUCGUCAGUCGGCCUUUGAGCGCCGUGUGAGUGAUGUGCAUACCAUGAUCGAAGCCAUGCAUGCGAUGGCUGCGUCGCUGCAAGUCGAGCUUCCCGAGCUGCGCGAAUCGGACAAGGAUCCGUCUGCGCCGCGUUUUGGAGUAAACCUUGAAGCGACAUCCACACUGGCGGAGAUGUCGGCCAAGAUGGAGCAGGAGUACGCCUCUGGCAAGAGUCCGUGGGAGGACGAGGAGAUGCGCAAGUUUUACAAAGAUCUGUGCCCUUUGGACGAGUUGCUUCCCGCCUCGGUGUUGGAGGCGGCUGCCGCGUCGUCGGAUGAGACCGAUGCGCGGGUGCAGCAGUCCCUCCAGCACUCGCUAGAUCGUCUGCCGACGAUGUGCAAUCAGGGCACCGUCGAUGACGUGGCCAUCGAACUUGGAUUCCAGCUCAAGUCGAUGUCGGCUCGCCGCCUGAGUGCCGCACUCCUGCAUGUGCCGAAGCACCGCUGGGAUAUGUUACCGUACUAUGCGAGGCUGAUCGCGACGCUGCAGCCGUACCGGCCAGGCUUGGCGGAGGCGGUGGUCGAGCAUCUGAACCAAAAGUUGCGGCAGCAGCAAUCGUUUCGCAAACCGGAUCGGCAGCUGCAGAGCCAUCUCAUCAUCUACCUAGGCGAGCUCACCAAGUUUGGCCUUGUGCCUGAGCACAUUGUGUUUCACUUGUACAAGGUCCUGCUGGACGACUUUUCACCGACGUCCAUUGAGAUGCUGGCCCUGUCCAUCGAGACAUGCGGUCGUUACUUGCACCGCAUGCCUGCCACAGCAGCCCGCAUGCAGCAUGUGCUGGACUUGCUGCGCCGUAAGCGCUUGGCACACAACUUGUCCGAGCAGCACACGCUCCUGCUCGACAAUGCCUACUACAAGUGUGUGCCACCUGAUCGGCCGAUCGUGACGUACCGCGAGCCGUCGGCUAUGGAGCAGUUUAUCACGCAUGUGUUCACGCACAUGCUGGGCCACGGCUCGUUUGACAGGACGCAGGCGCUUGUCAAGAUGCUGAACUGGAGUGACGAGUCGAUUCGUGCCCACAUCUUUACGCUCUUUACGUCGCCAUGGCUCCUGACGCACGACACACUGCCACUGCUGGCGCGCUUGCUGAGUCGGAUCCAGCAGUGCCACGAGGCCUUUGUCUGUGAAGUGCUCGACACACUCAGCGAGGAUAUCGAGGCGGAUCUCUUGCACCUUGACUUUGCGGGGCAUCAGCGCCGCCUGGCUCGUGUGCGGUACCUCGGUGAAUGUCACGCCUGCUUCCUAGUGAAACCGGAUGCGAUGCUGCAGCAGCUGUACCGUUUGUGCGUGCCACAACCGCAGCGCAAGGAUGCACCCAACGACUAUACGCGCGUGCGAAUGGCCUGCACACUUUUGCCUUACUUUGGGAAGGCAUUCCAAAAGCCGCCGUACAAGCAGCGCUUGGAUCACGUCUGUGCGGUCCUGCAGCACUACAUUUUAUCGAAAGAUGAGCCCCCGGUAGAGGUCGCGUACCUGCUUCAGGAUUCGUUUUCGCACCUGGGUGUGAGCCGCGAUGGCCGCGUGAAUCACAAGCGUCUGGCCAAGCGGCUACGCGAAGCGCAGCCGUACCUUGUCAAGCUCGACCUUGGAAAGCGUAUGGCAGGCAAGCGACCGGCCCACAGAGGCGAUGGCGACAACGACGACGACAACGACGACGACCACGACGAUGAGGAGGAUGACGACGACGACGACGAUGACCCCGAGCGCCAAGCAGCGCAGCAAGCGGCGCUCGACGAGCGUGCCGAGGCCGACGUGGAGCAGGAGCUCGCGAUGCUCAUGGCCGAUACGGGUGGGCCAAGCGCGGCGCCGUCGGGCAUGGCUCUCGAGCAGACGCGGUCGAUGCUAGCGAGGGCGCAUGUGCCGCGUCGGCGUCUUGAGGCGAACGACCAGCACAUGGUCUUUUCGCUCGUGUCGCGGAAGCAGACGCAAGACAUUCAUGUCCCCACGGAUGCAUCCAUAUCGAUGCAUGCGCGGCAGCAGCAGGCGGAGGCGGAGGCGGAGCGGCAGCAGCUCAAGGCGUACGUGUUGGCCUACCGCGAGCGGGAAGAGUCGUAG